UCUUUUUGUAUGUUCUAAUACUGACAAAACAAAGACUCUAAAAAGAAAAUUUCGCAUUUUCAGAGGCAAAACUAAAACGGAAAACAUGUCGAUUUCCGGUGGUUCCAAUCACACUCCGGCGGGUAACCCGGACCCGAGAGUCUCUCUGAUGAACCUGUCGAUGGUUCGGGCCAGAAUGGAUAGUGUUCAGCAAUUCCUGUCAGAAUCAGUCAACAGUAACACUCUGUUAAAUAAAGAUCAGAUGGAUACAAUUUCUGAAGAAAUAUCCGCCGCAAUCCAUCAGGUUAUAGCAAACGGCGCCGCUCUUAUUGCCUGCUCGCAACCGGUGGCCGAACAUCCAGAUCGAACCGAUCUGAAACCCGAUUCAAAGAUCAAAAACCAAACCGAUUCAGAUUCAAGUGGUGAUAUUGUAGAAAUAGACGCAGUAGAAUUACUUGCAGAACACGUCCACUUCUGUGAGAUUUGCGGAAAAGGGUUCAAACGAGAUGCGAAUCUCCGAAUGCAUAUGCGAGCUCACGGGAAUCAAUUCAAAACCCUCGAAGCGCUAGCGAAACCCGAAAAAACGGCAGCGGAGACAGCGGAAGGGACGCGGUUUUCGUGCCCGUUCGAAGGGUGUAACCGAAACAGGAAGCAUAAGAAGUUCAGACACUUGAAAUCGGUGAUUUGUGUAAGGAAUCAUUUCAAGAGGAGUCAUUGUCCGAAAAUGUAUUCCUGUAAUAGAUGUAAUAAGAAGAGUUUCUCUGUUAUGGCGGAUUUGAAGAGCCAUUUGAAGCACUGUGGCGAGUCCAGGUGGAAGUGUUCGUGCGGGACUAGUUUUUCCAGGAAAGAUAAGCUGUUCGGACAUAUGGCGCUGUUCGAAGGUCACAUGCCGGCCGUUGUCGGAGAAGAUGAUGAUGAUGUGGGUGAGAAGAGUAAGGUUGGUGUGGCUAUGGUGGAGGAUGUGGAGGAGGAGGAGGAAGAUGGUGCGGAGAAUGGGUUUUUGAAAGCUCUGCUUGAUGGGUUUGGUACUGUUGAUGGUUGUAAUUUGCAGGAUGUUUUAGGGUCUUUUCCUAGUAAUUGAGCAGAUGUAUAAUUUCGUUUCAUUCUUUGUAAUAAAAUGAUUAUGUUUUGUGAGCUAAUAAACGUUUAGAACAUUAAAAUU